AUCUCAAUCUUGGGCACAAUGAUGAUAUUGUUCAAAGAGAUAGUGAACACAGAUGAAAAGCAAUUCUGUGGUGUAGAGAAAUGAUUAUUAACCCCAGGGCAUUUAGAAGCUAGAAAUGAUUUGGUUAUAAAAUAAAUUAUUAAAAACUUACUUUAAUCAAAUUAAAUUAGUCAGAGAGCAAAGUGAUGCCUCAAGCUAAAUGGAUAAAAGAAUGAAAAAGUGGAUGGUAAUAUAAAAGUCUAAUGUACCUUGAUGAAUGUCUGGAAGAUUAUCUCCACGAAUGAACAUUUCCCUGUCCAUUUAUCUUUUGUCCAGAUGAAUGGAUAAAAUAAUUUAACUGAGAGACUGUAUAGGAGCAGGGAAACUGAGAGUAGUGGAAGUUCAUUAACAUGAAAGAAUGCAAAGAGGAAAUUAUUAUUGUUCGUGAAUAAGUGAUUUCCUCAGGAAGAGAGCAUAAUUGUUGAAAAAGUAGUAAUUGGAAAGAAGAGUUUUUGUCUUAGGUCUUGAACAAAUUGAUACCCAUGAAUUGAAGAGUUCAAAGCUUUAAAUGUGACAAAGAGCCCAAUAGAGGCAGGUGAAAAGGAGGGCAAAUGGACUUGUCUUGCCAGCCAGAUAAGCUGAGACAACCCAGGCCAUUCAUGAAAUCUUGGUAAGUAGGAGAGGCAAGGAUAAAUAGUCUGGUGAACUAAAUGUAUUAAUGCAAUAAAUUAUGGGGCUUGAUAGUAUGUGGGGGUCUUAAAAUGUUAGGCAGAAACCAUGGAUAAAACUGUAUAUUUGUCUUCUUUACAGGAUAGUGGCCCUAGAAUCUAAGCAGGAGUUCCAGCAUGAGAGGUAAUUCCCACAACAGCUCAGGGUUUCCUCAUUUCAUCUUGACAGGACUCCCUGGGCUGGAGACCUCUCAACACUGGUCUUUUUUGCUCCUUGGUGCUCUCUAUAUUGUCUCCAUUGUGGGCAAUGCCCGUAUCCUUUUCAUUAUCAAGAAGGAGUGCAGCUUGCACCAGCCCAUGUACUACUUUCUAUCCUUGCUCUCAGCUAAUGAUCUAGGUGUGUCUUUUCCCACACUACCCACGGUUCUGGCCACAUUUUCCUUCCACUUAAGGGAGAUCAACUUUUAUUCUUUGGCCCAAAUGUUCUUUAUCCAUCUCUUUUCCUUUGUGGAGUCUGGCAUCCUGCUGGCCAUGAGCUUCGACCGCUAUGUGGCCAUCUGUAUCCCGCUGCGCUAUGCCACAGUGCUCACUGAUGCCCAUGUGGUGCAUAUGGGCAUGUCCAUUACUAUCCGCAGUUUCUGCAUGGUUUUCCCACUGCCUUUCCUUCUGAAGAGAUUACCCUUCUGCAAGGCCAAUGUCCUCUCCCAUGCCUACUGCCUGCAUCCAAAUCUGAUCUGCCAGCCCUGUGGCGACAUCACCAUCAAUUGUAUGUAUGGUCUAUUCAUCGUCAUCUUUACCUUUGGCCUGGAUUCUGCCCUCAUCCUCCUCUCCUAUGUGCUCAUACUCUGCUCUGUACUUGCCAUAGCCUCCCGGGAGGAGCGAUUAAAGACUCUUAACACCUGUGUGUCACACAUGUGUGCUGCGCUCAUCUUCUAUGUGCCCAUGGUGUGUGUGUCUAUAGCUGCUCGGUAUGGGAGGCAUGCCCCAUGGUAUGUACACACACUCAUGUCCCUUAUCUAUCUUUUUGUGCCUCUGAUGCUCAACCCUGUCAUCUAUUCCAUUAAAACCAAACAGAUUCGUCAGAGGCUUUGCAAAAUACUACUGGUAACCAGGAUUUGA